AUGGAAAACCAAACUACCAUAACAGAGUUUUUGCUCUUGGGACUUUCCAGCAACCAACACCUACAAGUUUUUUUCUUUUUGAUGUUUCUAGUAAUUUUUCUAGUCACUAUCUUAGGAAAUGCAGCCAUCAUACUUGCAACCAAGAUUGGCUCCAGUCUUCAUAGCCCCAUGUUCUUUUUUCUUGCUCACCUAGCUUUUGUUGACAUCUGCUAUUCUUCUGUUACUGUCCCCAAGUUGCUGGAAAACCUUAUAACACAGCAGAAAACUAUUUCCUGGGAAGGGUGUAUAGCACAGAUCUUCUUCUUUUUCUUGAUCGCAUGUACUGAGGUAUUCAUUCUCUCAGCAAUGGCAUAUGACCGCUAUGUUGCUAUCUGUGACCCACUACAUUAUAUUGUAACCAUGAAAAAAGAAAAUUGCAGACAACUAGUUGGUGCAUCCUGGACAGCUGGUUUAUUCUAUGCUUUAAUGAAUGCUUUGCCUGCAUCAAACCUGCAGUUUUGCAGAGACAAUACAAUCGACCACUACAGCUGUGAAUUGCCUUUACUCUUGGUUUUAUCUUGUAGUCAGACCUUCACCAACUACAUUGUACUUCUUUCAACUGCAUUUAUUUUUGGCUUUGUUUCAUUCCUUCUCACCCUCAUCUCUUACAUUUAUAUUAUCUCUAAUAUCCUGAAGAUUCGUUCUACAGAAGGCAGACAUAAAGCUUUCUCUACCUGCAGCUCUCACCUCAUUGUGGUUGGCUUGUUUUAUAUUUCAGCCUUUUUCCGGUAUAUGAAGCCUAAUUCAGAAUCACUUAGAGAUCUGGACAAAUUGGUUUCUAUCCAGUAUAGCAUCUUAACUCCCAUGUUAAAUCCUCUCAUAUACAGCUUGAAAAACAAAGACAUCAAAAUGGCUUUGGCAAAAAUAUUUAGAAAGGGUAAUUUUGUGAAUAAAGCCAGUCUUUGCUCUUCCUUUAAAUUAAUAACAUGA